AUGAAGCUCUUAUCAUGGAAUGUAAGGGGUUUGGGUAAAUCUGUAAAGAGAAGGAGGGUCAAAUUACUACUUAAGGAUAGGAAAAUUGAUUUUGUUUUUUUCCAAGAGACAAAGAAAAGUGAGGUUACACCAGAUUUUGUAAAAUCAUUAUGGCCUGUGGAUGAAAUGGAAUUCAUGGCAGUCGACUCUGAAGGGAGAGCUGGUGGGCUUCUGUGCAUUUGGAAACCAACUGUUUUCAAGUUAUCCCAGUGUUGUAGUACAAGGCAUUGCAUUGUACUCUCAGGUACUCUUCUUCCUUUUUUUAACUGUGUUCUUGUCAAUGUUCAUGCUCCUAAUGAAGUUAAUGAGCGAAGUAGAUUCUGGAAUGUCCUGUAUGGGUUGAGACCUAGCUUCUAUAAUCCCUGGUGUCUAGUUGGUGACUUCAAUGAGAUACGGAAUCUUGGGGAAAGAAGGGGGUGCUCUAGAAGAGACAGAGGGAUGAAAGAGUUUAAUCUAUUUAUAGAAAAUAUGGAGCUUCUUGAUUUACCCAUGUUGGGAAGACAGUUCACUUGGUGCAAUUCUAAUGAAGGUGAAAGAUGGAGUAGAAUAGACAGAGCACUCAUGUCAACGGAGUGGGUGGAAAAGUUGAAUUUAAAGUUAUGGGGUCUAGAGAGAAGUGUUUCAGAUCAUUGCCCCCUGCUACUGGUUGAGGAUGGCAGGGAUUGGGGCCCAAGGCCAUUCUGGUUCAUAAACGCUUGGACAUCACAUCCGAAAUUUGGAGAAGUUGUGAAAAAGUCUUGGGUUGAUUCUGCUUUUACUGGCUGGGCAGGUUUUAUUAUUAUGAAUAAGCUGAAGGUUCUACGUUCAGUUUUGAAAAAAUGGAAUGUAGAGGUCUUUGGCAAUGUUACUCAUUCAUUGAAAACAGCGGAGGAGGAACUCCAUGCAAUUGGUCUAGUGGCUGAAUCUAGAAGACUUAUGCAGAAUGAGGUUAAAAGAAGGAGAGAAGUUCGAAAGGAAGUUUGGUCAUUAAAUAGGAGAGAAGAAUGGUUAUGGAGGCAGAAGUCUAGAGUUAAUUGGAGUUUAAAAGGAGAUAAGAAUACAAGAUUCUUUCAUGUCAUAGCUACAAGCAGGCAGAAUAGAAAUCUGCUGAAUUCAAUUGAAGUGGAUGGGGAGAUUCAUGAGGAUCCACAAAAGAUCAAAGUUGAGGUAGCUAAACACUUUAAAAACAGAUUCUGUUGA